AUGCCUGAAAGCCAAAGUGGUAAAAGUGAGAAACAUGUUACAACUUCUAAGGGUUCUGAAGUUAUGAAAGAACAACAUGUUGAAGUUCCUAAAGAGCCAGAGGUGCAAAGUGUUGAAAAGCGUGAAGAUGAGGUUCAAAUGAAUGUUAAUGAUGAUGAUUAUGUUGAAGUUAGAGAUGCUACACCAUCACCACCACCAACAGAUCAAGCUAUUCCAGAAAUCGGUGAAUCUUCUCAGCAAAAGAAAACAACACUUCCAGAUUUAUUUGAAGGUUUUCCUAACAUAAGAGGUGAACUCAAAGACGAUUUUAUUCUUGGUGAUGAGUUCGACAUGUUUCAUGAUGGGUCUGUAAAAGCUUUGGAGAAGAAAGUAAGUAUACUUGAGAAAGAAAAAGCUAAAGCAGAAGCUGAUCGUGACGAGUUAAAGAAACAACUUGAAGAGUUGAUAAUAGAAAAUGCAGAAAUAAAGAAAGUCAUGAUCAAACAAGCUAAGAAGUUAAAGAAAAUGGAAGAUGAUGUUAGUGAUAACGCACAGCUAUUUGAGCUAUUAUCUGCAGACUUUGCUGAGAUGGAGGUGAAGAAUAAGAAGCUGAAUGAUAUCACCAAAACGCUGAAUCAAAUGAUAAAUGAAUUACAUGAAGCGUCAGCGAAUGAGUUCAAUACAAUGAAGCUUGAGAUGGGAGCAAUGAAAGCUGAUAAAGCAGUAAAAGACGAGCAACUGAACAUGUUAUACACUGUAAUGGAAAGUCAUUUGGGCAUAAAUGUUCAAGAUAUAUACAACAAUCUGGAGAUUCAAAGAGUUGAAGAGCGAAGGAUAGAAAGAGAAAGGAGGUUAGAUGAAGAAGCUACACAAAGAAAGAAAAUUGUUAUUGUUGAGACUCAAGAAGCUGGUGGAUCUUCGAGUCAAGCUGAUGUUGAAAUGGUUGAUGCUGAAGAAGAUCCUAAGGGAUUUGUGCUUGUUGGUGAAUCUUCUCUAUCUUUCAGUUAUGAUGAUAUCAUUAGCCGUGUGGUAGUAGAACAACGAAGGAGAAAGGCGAAAGAACCUCAGAUGUUAUUGUUAAAAUGGAAAGAAGAUGAGAUAGUAAAAGAGGAUGAAGAGGAAGAAGUAAAGUUAGAUGAUGAUUUGUUUGAUAUAGACAACUAUCAAGAAGGUAAUGAAGAUGAUGAUGAUCAAGGCUAG